ACGGGACGAAAGCAAAAAGCAAAACAAAACACACUCGCAAAGAUUACGGUGCGUUCCGCUCGUAUGGAAGACAGAAUUUGAACCGUAAAUUUUACCCGAUUGAAUAUACAAACAAAACCAUGAAUAGCAUUGGUGAUAAUUGUACCGAGUUGAAAAAGAAGUACGACACCUGCUUCAACCAGUGGUUCUCGGAGCGGUUCCUCAAGGGAGAAAAGGACGAUUCCAUGUGUUCGCCGCUGUUCAAAGUUUACCAGCAGUGUGUGAAGGAUGCAAUGAAGGCCCAGAAGAUUGAGUUCAAAGAAAUCGAAAGUGACGUACUGGGAACGGACAGGGAGCAGAAAGUUCCGCCAAAAGCUGCAGGCGGUAGCAGCAGCAGCUGACCCUAGAUCGGCGAAAGUUCGCCGAAAUAGUUACCGAAACAUACCAAUCAAACAAUUCCGCUGCGCGGUGAUGGGAUGUUCCAGCUGUCGUGGGCAACUUUUACAAGCAAACAAGUGUGAUAUUAGAUGUUGGCUUGUUUUUGUGGCGGAGCUGGCGUUUUUUUAACCCGAGAAUCGAAUAAUUUCGAAGCAGCAGCAAGGGUGCGAUUUGACCUAUUCCUCUAGUCGACAGCUACUAUCAACUAUCAUGAUAAUGUUCAAAGCAGUUUAAUUUUUAGAUGAACGGUGUUUUUUACGUUUUGAGAAUAAAACCGAUCGUUUUAUUAUUUGGAGUUAUUCGACGUAAGGAAUUUGCCCUUAAGUAACCGAUUGUUUAGAUAGUUCUAUCUAGUUUUGCGGGGUACUAUAAUAAAAGUGGUAUUUGUUGUAA